CACAGAUCGGUCGCAAUCCGGUGUAAUAAAGACGAACGUGCAAAGUAUUCCAUACAUAAAUAUAUUACAAAAAUAAUACGAACUGAACUGAAGUGUUUGUUGUAGUUUUACAUAAUCCACAUUGUACUUUAAGGCCUACAGCGCCACAGGUGUAAACAUAAGUACAUAAAUAUUAGGAAAUAAUCCUUGAGUAAAAGCAAACAUUUUCAGAAUUGAAAAUUUUCAAGGGAAUUUCUAUUGAUGAGGCACAGCGUUGCUAAAAAGACUAAGCAAAUUGUUGUACGAACAGCGCCGACUUAAUUAAUUACAUAUUUAUUCACUUAAAUACAGACAAACCUAUGCGCAAACAUAACGCCAAUACGAUUACGCACUUGAAAAGAUAUAAAUAAGUAGUGCUGAAGUGCUUGUGCCGACAACGAACAGUCAGCGUUCCAGCGAAGGCGGCGGCAGCGGCAGUGACCAUAGUUGUCCGGAAGUCGAGGUGUCCGGUAACGGUAACCGGUUCCGAUCGUCAUUUUUCCCGUUCCUUUUCCUGUUCCGCCAGUGUGCCAAAGUAAGGUACCAUCUAGCCCGACCGCGCGCUACCAGAGGCCAGCGCGCUCUUACACAUCUACGCUGGUGUGUAACAUUUGAAAGCGCUCACCUAUACAUUUACACUUAAUAUAUGUAUUACAAAUACUUAGGCAUAGUCACAUAUAAAUAAAUUCACAUUCAGUGAAUGCGCGUUGCUACAUUUGAAAUAAAUUAAAUUGAAGGAGUGUCGGUUACGGCAAUUCACAUCUUGUGCCGACCGCCCACAAACAUUUGCGAGCGCGCAUUAAGCAUUAGAAAACCUUUUGUGUGUAAGUUAGUGAAAACGGCGAACCAAAUUGUCGGUCUCCGGUGUUAUUACCUUCCGGUGUGACCGGCACAAUUACAUACAAAUAUAAAUAUUUGAAGGAUUCGGUUGCGGUUUGACGUGAGCGCAUGUUUCCACAUACUAAUUUUGCCAUUUUAUUGCUCACAAGUGUAUAAACUUGAAAGCUGUUAAACAUUUUUUGAGCUAUAAACCGUUUUGUUCUUUCGAAUUCUUGCGACUUUUAUGACUAAUUUAAAUUUGUGUUCUUUUGCGACCAACAAAAUUGUUUUUAUUCAAUUAACAUUGUGCUAUUCGCUCUCAAAAACUGUAAAAGUAGAAACUGAGCUGGUUUGGUGCAACUCUUAGUGGAAAGUUAACUGUAAACAAUUGUGAGCGCAUCGCGAGUUUUUUGGUGCAACUGCGCACAUUUGCCGUCGGCGGUGUGCUGGAUAACGCAAAAAUUGCCGCCGCCCAUUUGUGUCCUGGUGCCAUGAUGCUUGACAUUAAAACAUCAGCUGAUUAUUUGUCACGUUCGACGGGAAGUUUUAGCAAUUUUUCAAUGUUAUUCGCAGAUUCUUCGUACAAGUCCUCUUGGGGAUCACAUGGCUCCUCGCAGUCGCAGGGCUACAGCUCAAAUGCGCUAAGCAGCGUGGGCGUGAGCGUCGGCAAGUCUUCGCUUGAUCCGCAUUCACAUCUCAGACAGCCUGAUCCAUAUCAAAUGUUUGGGCCUACCAGUAGUCGACUAGCCAGCUCUGGUUCGGGACAAAUACAGUUAUGGCAAUUUCUUCUUGAACUACUAUCCGACUCCGGCAAUGCGGCUUGCAUUACCUGGGAAGGCACAAACGGUGAAUUCAAAUUAACCGACCCUGAUGAGGUGGCCAGACGUUGGGGUGAACGCAAAUCAAAACCGAAUAUGAAUUAUGAUAAGCUGAGUCGUGCGUUAAGAUAUUACUAUGACAAGAAUAUUAUGACAAAAGUGCAUGGCAAACGUUAUGCGUACAAGUUCGACUUUCAAGGCUUGGCCGCCGCCACACAACCCGCCGCCAGCGAUCCCACCUACAAGUACCAGAGCGACUUGUUCAUGACACCAUAUCAUCAUAGCGCCAAACUGAGCUCAUUUAUGAGUCCGCAUCAUGGUAUGACAUCGUCAUCAGCAUCGAUAUUCCCAUCGGCCGCUUCGUGGGGCAAUUGGGGCAACCCGGCCACAAAUCUCUAUCAGCCGCACUCGAUGGGCCAUGUGACGCCGUCGCAUGUUGCGCCUCACCUCAGCUCCUAUCCGCAUUAUGCAUGACCAUCAUCGUCCGGCGGUG